AUGGUGAUGGUAAUGAUGCUGGUGCUGAUGGUGAUGAUGCUGGUGCUGGUGAUGCUGGUGCUGAUGGUGAUGAUGAUGCUGGUGAUGAUGAUGGUCGACGGAAUAAGUGCAGAGGCAAUCAGUGCAGAGGCAAUUAGUCUUUGUGUUACAAAUCGACGAGGCUCAGCAGUUCAGCGCUGCAAAACAGCAGCAUCCUGGCACAUAAGUUGCACUAAUGAUGAGGUCUGCGCAGAUGAAACGGAUUUGCCAGAGGCUGUAACCAAGGGGGUAGGCGAUAAUGAAACAGCAACAGGCUCACAACUGGGGAUGGCGCAGUCUUGCACACAGGAUGUACUACCGCCAACAGAUGUGCCCAACUGUUCACAAAACUUAGCCCUGACCUAG